CCACCGCCUUCCAUCCGUGCCGCCACCCCUUCGCCUUCUUCCCAGUCCUCCCCACCCCUCAGCAUCCCGACCGCGUUAACCACCCCUCAGCAUCCGAUGCUGCAUGAAGGAUUUCCCCCUCUUCUUGCGGGAUAAGCGAAGAUAUUUAACGCUCUCACAAUAAUGGACUGCGACGCUCGGUGUGAAUUAAUGCGCUGAUGUCAUUUUAUUCAGCCUUCAAAUAUGAAUCAUGCAUCUGGUAUUCAAUCUGUGUCUGCUCGGUUGCAUAUUUAUUUCCGUGCUGUCUUCUAUUGCCACGACCUCAACGGGUUCCAGCUUCUUGCAGUAUGAAGAACUCAGGGAGUCUCACACUCCGCGAGCCACAGCUGCAGCGCCGGGCAAUUUCACAGGAAGGAAAACGGGAGAGCGCGAGAUCACGAUCACAUAUCCAUCGCGGCUCGUAUACUUCCUGAACGAAGACUCGGAGAGCGCGUAUCAUGACCUGGACACUCGCACGCGGAAUCAGGCCGGUGAUGGACAGCAUGUCCACCUGGCCCAAGCAAGUUUCCAGCUGCAAGCUUUUGGCUCCACCUUUACACUGGACCUGACUCUGAACAAUGAUUUGUUGUCAUCAGACUAUAUGGAGAUCCACUAUGAGAAAGACAAGCCGGUUCUCUCUAGGGGCGGCGAACACUGCUACUACCACGGCCAGGUGAGAGGGCAGGAGGACUCCCAUGUAGCUUUGUCCACCUGCGACGGGCUACACGGGAUGUUUGAUGAUGGUAAUUUCGUCUAUCUCAUCGAGCCUCUGAAACAGACUCACACCGUGGAAACAGAGGCACGGCCACACACUUUGCGGCGAACAUCAUCGCUGCGCAUGACCUCUGUCCCUGCUGAUUGGGCUCCUGAUGACCCAGUUGAGGAAACAGAAGUGGAGAAACAGUUUUUCGCUAGCAUGCCUUGGUUGAAGAGGAGGAGGAAAAGAGCCAUGCCACGAAACAUCUUUGAAGAAAUGAAAUAUCUGGAAAUAAUGAUUGUCGCUGACCACAACACGUUUAAAAGGCAUAAGAGUAAGAAGCAUACCCGGAACUCGGCCAAAUCUGUGGUCAACCUGGUAGAUGCUAUUUUUAAGGAACAGCUGAAUACACGUGUGGUAUUGGUUGCCGUGGAGAUCUGGACGGACAGGGACCGGAUUCCACUCAGCGUGAAGCCGCUGGAAAUGUUGCGAGAUUUUUCAAAGUACAGACAGCAAAGCAUCAACAUCAAUGCUGAUGCAGUGCACUUGUUUACCAAUGUGACAUUUCAUUACGGUCGGAGCAGUGUUGCAUACAUCGGCGGCGUGUGUUCCAAAGGAAGAGGAGUUGGUGUCAAUGAGUUUGGCAGCACAUGGACGAUGGCUGGCUCGCUCUCACAGAGUUUAGCCCAGAAUCUGGGUAUCCAAUGGGAUCCUGUGAUAAGGAGGAAGGAAUGCGGCUGUAUGGACUCAUGGGUGGGAUGUAUAAUGGAGGAUACUGGAGUGCAACACCCACGCAGGUUUUCCAAAUGCAGCAUCAGUGACUACAGAAAUUUCCUUUUAAGAGGGGGAGCGUCAUGUCUGUUUAACAAACCCAACAAGCUUUUUGAGGCUACAGAAUGUGGGAAUGGUUAUGUAGAAGUGGGAGAGGAGUGUGACUGUGGAGCCCGAAUGGAGUGCUAUAAAGACUGCUGUAAAAAAUGUUCUUUGUCCAAUGGUGCUCACUGCAGCGAUGGCCCCUGCUGCAAUGGCACUUGUCUGUUUUACCCGCGGGGAUACAGCUGCCGAUAUGCAGUGAAUGAUUGUGACAUAUCAGAGACUUGCUCAGGAGACUCAGGACAGUGCCCUCCUAAUCUCCAUAAACAAGAUGGCUACUCUUGUCAACUCAAUCAGGGCCGCUGUUACAGUGGUGAAUGUAAGACCCGGGAUGGUCAGUGCAAAUAUAUCUGGGGGACAAAGUCGGAAGGCUCAGAGAAGCACUGCUAUGAAAAGUUAAAUACAGAAGGGACCGAAAAAGGGAAUUGUGGAAAAGAUGGAGACAAAUGGAUUACCUGCAGCAAACACGAUGUGUUCUGUGGGUACCUGCUGUGCAGUCAUAUUGGCAGAAGCCCAAGGAUUGGAACCAUGAAAGGUGACAUCACUCCAACCACCUUCAACCAUCAGGGUAGACUGGUGGACUGCAGUGGUGGACAUGUUCUGUUAGAUGAUGAUACUGAUUUGGGGUAUGUAGAAGAUGGGACACCGUGUGGGCCCUCUAUGAUGUGCCUUGAGCGGAAAUGUCUACCUAUCUCCUCCUUGAACCUCACAGCUUGUCCGUCUGGCCCGAGCGACCGAGUCUGCUCUUCUCACGGCGUGUGCAAUAAUGAAGCCACCUGCACCUGUGAUGCUACCUGGGCUGGAACUGACUGCAGCAUGCACGACCCCCCAAAAGAGCCGCCUAUCAUUGAGGACCCGGGCCCUAAGGGUCCUAGCGCCACCAACCUUAUCAUAGGCUCCAUCGCAGGGGCCAUCCUGAUGGCAGCCAUAGUGCUGGGGGGUACGGGAUGGGGAUUUAAGGUGAGAGUUUGAGCGGAGAGGGGUGGAGGUUGUGUCGUAGGCAGCCUUUGUGCCAUGGCUGGCUGCCACGCCCUCUUAUCUCCCGGAAGGCCCUGGGCCCCCCGAAAACCUAGAACAGAGCAAGAGCCCUCACCCCCCACCCGGACUCGCCAGGCACCGCUGCCUUUACUGCCUGCUUCACAGAGACCUGGUACAGAUACACGCGCUGCACUGCACCUGCAUGCUACCCCAAACACCCCCUUCCCCUACACAGCGAUAGUGGCGUCUCCCACCUAACCUCUCUUUGGCCAGGUGCAUGUUAAACUGCUGGGAUGCCCCACAUCAAGCCACACUACGGGGAGGUUGUGUCAAACCCCUGUCGUUGUUGGUGUUGUUGUUGCAGUUGUUGUUGCCUUUAUUGUUGUUCCUGGUGGUAUCGUCGUAGUUCAUGUUGUGGGUGUAACGUCAUUUCUGACCCUCGAUGUUGUACACUCUUUCUUGCUGUUCUCUGUCUGUGUCAGUGUUUUCUCUCCCAGGAGGUAAUGUUUUUUUUUCCACAUCCCUUGUUGUCUUUCUAACACAUACUCACCCAGUCAGUGGAGGGACAUUCUGUGUCUCCUCUUGUCGCUGUGAAGGACGGCCGCUUUAAUCCACCGCACCCCGGCAGCGAUAGAAUGGCUUGUCCAUAUGCGAAAAUUUGAUCCAAAUGUUACAGAUAGCUUUUUUCAGAAAUCAGUCGGAAAUAAUUACAAGGCUAACUGAGCAACUCAAGUAACAUGAACGUUGCAGCCGGGUUGCUGGGGGUCAAGGUGGUUCAUGGCCUAAAUGGGCAGAAUAGUUGCAUGUCGAUGUUUCUAGCAUUGCCCGCACUAAUCCUUCUCUCUUCUCUUCUCUCCCGUUUGUUCUUAUCGGCAAGAAAUGUCAAGAAAAGACGAUAUGACCCUAAUGCCAGUGCCAUCUAAAGACUUUGAGAACUGCAUCCUUGCCUUGUGUGCCCCUUGGUUCUGUUAGAACCUGCUGGACUGUACCUUCUCCUGCUGCUAGCUCCGCCGCUGAUGGAGUUAGCGUUACUUGAAUUAAAUGAUGAAAGAAAGCAAGGGAAGACGAACGUACGAACAUUUUCUAGCCAAAGUCUCGUAGAACUGCUUCUUUAGAGUCGCCAGUGUCCCUUCGCCCUCUGACCUUGAUUAUCCAUGCUGAGUCACUAGAAACCCAAACAAAUGACUGAGUGGAUGGUUCCCGCUCAUCUGGGCAUGACUUCCUGUUUACAUGCUGUGGUCUCCGGUUCUGAUCUCAGCAUGAGCAGCUUCAGCCGUGGACCUCAUAUUGGCAGAGGAGGGACACCAAUGCAAGAAUACCGUUUCAGAGAAAAAAGGACGGUUUCAGAACCCAGGUCCCGUAGGUCACAGUUCCAGUAGGUGGGUGAGCACGUCCAUGUGUUUUGAGGGGCUGAAUGUGCUAGAAGAGGGACCCAUAUCUUCUUCUACAAACAUUUCAAGGCAUAAAUGAACAUUUUGUUUGUUUCUUUUGUUAUUUCCGCAUGUUAUAUUGCCGGCAUUUUUUGUAGAAUUAUUUCAACUAUUCAAUCGAAAUGAAAAAGAAAAAAGGAUCCAAUUGGCCAGCAGCCUUAGAAGCUGCAUGAUAAAAUGAACUUUGAACUCCAGAGUCAUAUGUAUGCCUGAUGACGUCAAUUCCCCUUAAAUAAACUAUUAUUCUUCCGGCUGGGCCCUGUAGGACUGCCCUGACCUAAAUGCCGUUACUGGCCAAUCAGAAAGCUGCAUGAUGUAAUUGCACUGAGGGCAGAGCCCACACAGCCUGCCGCGCUUUUUAAGGUAUCUGCAUGUCAAAGGAAAAACAGUUAACAUUUACUUACUAUGCAAAGGGGUAACAUUGUACAAACCUUGAGGUUUGAUAAAGAAUUCUCAAAGGAGACUAACAAUGAAUUUGAUCUCAAGUUAACAGAUUAUUAUUAUUAUUAGGCAGUCUUUUAUAUGCUCGGCCAUCUAUGUUUGACAUUAUAGUAAGCUUACGAUUACUUCAAAUGAAUGUUUCUAUGAAAAUCUCAGCUUCUAAAAAUGAAAAUGUCAUUUGUCAUUUCCGUGGGACGGUAUAAUUCAGGCACUUGUGAAAUUAAUUGAUACUAUUCAUAGAAAGGGGCUAUUGAAGUAGAGGGAGCUCUAAUUUUGGGCUAAAAUAAGAGCAGAGAGAAAGAGUGUGUUUUUCUAAAUCAUCAUUGACUGACACUAUCAGGUUUCUGAACUCAUCUUCCUAACCCGGUCCCCUUUGAAAACCAUCUCAUGUUCCCAUGGAAACAUUGCCAAAAAAUAAUAUAAUAAAGAACUUAACAAAAACGUUAAAAA